GUAUAACUAAAAAGUUAUGAGCUCAUUUAUUUUAAUUGGAAUAUUUCUGCUCUCUUUUCUAAAAUUAUCUAUGAUGCAAAUUUGGAUAUUGGAUAGUUUUGAAAACGAAAUUAAAAAUAAAUGCAUGAAAGAAAUUGGACUGAAUUCAACAAAUUCAAAUGAAUUAAAAAAUUCUAGUAAAUCUUCGAAAUCAACAGCUAACAGUAAUCAACAAUAUAAGUGUUAUUUGAAUUGUUUUCUAACCGGAAUUUCUUUCAUAAGAAAUAAAACGAUUCAAGAAGAGGUUGUAAUUAGUAUUUUAUCUCAAAGGCGAAUUGAUGUUACUCCAGUUAAAAAAGCUAUAACAACAUGUAAUAAUAACGCAACAGGGCUUGGCUCUACCAACGAUAGUGGAAAAUCUAAUUCUAUGGAUGACUGUGAUUUAGCUUUUAAUUUGAUAAAAUGCUUAAAAUCUAAUAUACCGAAUGGAUAUCAGAAAAUUUUGUUAUAG